AUGGCACGCAAGCUUCGAGCUCUACGCGACUGGAAGAAGAUCAAAGCACUUUUUGAAGCUGGUUUGAACCCUCAGGCUAUGCUAGGUGCUCUUCAAGUCGAAGGACCAUCAUUAACAUCACGCGAACCUUCCCAUAGGACGUAUGAUGAAACUGUUCUUUACUCUCGUCAACAACAGAACACCAGCGACGAAGAAAAGAUGAGGACGCUGUGCCUGGUGGAUGCUCUUGCGUUGCAGCCAAUUGCGUUCACUGGUGGACAAGGCAUCGAGCAGAACGUCCUAAUUCAUCCAGCCGUCACGGAAAAACUUGUAAACACAAGCGAGUUCAUAAAACCGAUCCUGCCUAGCAACCGACGGUUUUCAGAUAUAAACGAUUACGGUGCGAAACUUCUGAAUUCAGACUGGGAGUUUUCCCUCAAUUCAGAUGCAUUUCGGCAAUGGCUUCGGCAGGAGCGAUAUUCAUCGGUACGACGAAAAAUCAAGCAGUUAUCCUCAACACCAUUGAAGUAUGGCCGAACCAAAUCUGUCGAUGUUUCCUGUGAGCCAUUUGGUAAACUUGAAGGCUCUGUUCAACCAGCAUCCGUACCUCCCCCUGCUAUCCAUACAAGGUACCCUGGGGUGUGUCCAACGACUCUUAUGUCGUCUGAAGGAUCAAAGCUCGUUGUUGGAACCAAAGUGUCAAACGCUUUGAUCACCUCCUCCAUGUGUGUGGACAAGAUCGUCUCCUCCGCCAAUUCCUGGAUCGACGGUUCCUCCAGGGUGGUUAACAUUAAUCUUGCUCCGCCCAACCUGCAGCCGCACAUUGGUACCGAGUCCGUCGCCUUUCUAUCCGUUUUUGACCGCUUUUUAUGGCGUCAUACGGCUCAUACGCACCCAUCCGUUGAUGACAUUACUACCGACUUCACGUCACCCACCAACGGAAGUUCACAAAGUUGA